CCCCGGCGGGAAACCCGCGGGUGCGCAGAGCGACAUCUACGCCUGCGCUGCCGGAGCCUGACUGCCUUUAGCAAGCGGGCAGCGUCCUGAGUGGGUGGUGACAACCGGGAUUCCGGAAGCCCACCCUUCACCCGGAAAUGAUCGUGGAGGAACAUGGCGUUGCUGGUGCGAGUCCUUAGGAACCAGACUAACAUCUCCCAGUGGGUUCCAAUAUGCAGCCAACUGGUAUCAGUAUCUUCUACCCAAAGACAGUGGGACAGGACUCUCUCCAGCACUUCCCAGAGGUCACGGAUGAACCAGUCUCGAGUCUGGGUGGAAUCAGAACAAAGUGUUGGGAUGGACACACAGCAGAAUAGGAAAUACCACACCACAAGUAAGCUUCCUACUAUCCAAGAUUUCCCGCAACCUGUAGAGGAGAAGGUUGGUCCCUUCACGAAGAUAAUAGAAGCCAUGGGAUUCACUGGACCUUUGAAAUACAGUAAAUGGAAGAUUAAGAUCGCAGCCCUACGCAUGUACACGAGCUGUGUGGAGAAAACUGACUUUGAGGAAUUCUUUCAGAGGUGUCAGAUGCCUGAUACAUUCAACUCAUGGUUUCUUAUAACCCUGCUUCAUGUCUGGAUGUGUCUAGUCCGAAUGAAGCAGGAAGGCCGGUCUGGAAAAUACAUGUGCCGGAUCAUAGUCCAUUUUAUGUGGGAAGACGUGGAGCAGCGAGGCAGAGUUAUGGGGGUUAAUUCCUAUAUCUUAAAGAAGAACAUGGCCUUUAUGACAAACAGUUUCUAUGCGGCAAUCUUAGGAUAUGAUGAGGGGAUCCUUUCUGAUGACCGUGGACUGGCUGCUGCCCUCUGGAGAACCUUCUUCAACCAGAAAUGUGAAGACCCUCGGCAGCUUGAAUUGCUGGUGGAGUAUGUGAGGAAACAGAUGCAAUACCUGGACUCCAUGAACGGCGAAGAUCUGCUUCUAACAGGGGAAGUGAGAUGGCGCCCUCUGGUGGAAAAGAAUCCACAGAGCAUCUUGAAGCCCCGUACUCCUACUUACAAUGAUGAGGGCCUUUGAGAGCCUGGCCCCUCUGCUCGGUUGGCUGGCUGGCUGGCUGGCUUUGAGGAACCCCCAUGGAAGAAGUGCCUGUUUGUCCCAGGACCCUGAAGAAGGUGGCUUGAACUGACUUUUGAACAGCACCUGUUGAAUACUCGGCUCCUUUGUGUUGAGUUUCUUCUUGUGAUCCCAGGAGUCUGAUCCAGUGGGGAUACUGCUGGGAGGUCCUCUCACUCUCCCGACAUGUUCCCUCCCUCAAGAGAAGUCCCCAGCACGCUUCCCAAGUCCCUCCAGCAGCACACAUAAGGAGGGAUGGGUAGGUUAGAAAGGGGCCCCUCACCCAGACCCCUGUGCCUAGGAGCAGUUUCUAAUGUUAAGUCAAAAUGAGUAACCAUAUGCUGUCCCCCAGCUUUGAGCCAUGGGGUUGAAGUAGCCAUUAAAAAAAGAGAUGUAUUUCUGCCAUGGUUCUUCUUUGUUCCAGGGUCUUUUAGAAACCAAGGUAAAGGCAGUCCUGGCGGCACACUUCUUUAAUCCCAGCUCUUAGGAAAAAGGAAGGCGUGUUCGAGGCCAGACUGAAUUACAGGGUGAAAUCCAAGACAGGCAGGGCUACACAGAGAAACCUUCCUGUCUCUAAAAACAAACUAAAAAAGAACAGAAACACAGGUGAGCCGGUGGAUGAUCCAGACUCAAGAGUCAACUCCUACUCAGUUAGAGGCAGGGAAAGGUCAGAGGUUCCCUCUGCUGCUCCUGUCUCUAGUUCACAGAGGAGUCACUGGGCAAAGCGCCAUCCACCAGGCGCAUUCCCUGGUCACAUCCUAAGUGGUAUAGAAAGAGGCCUGGAAACAGAGUCCCUUUGACGCCCACAGUGACAUCCUUUACGUGAGAUAGUCUUCCUGGCCUGUGGGUACCAGCCCCAGCCCCAGCCCAGUUUCUACCCCAUCCCCAGCUUCUGAAGCAAGCUGUAAGGGACACCUGGUCUGAGCUCUUCAGGGGCCUGUUCCUCCUCUCUGAGAGUUUUGGGUCAUCUCUUGGAAUUGAGGAAAGGGGGUGGGAACCGUCUCCCUCCCCCAUCCAGCUUCCUUCAUUGAACUUGCUAUAAAAUGAGUCAUAUAAAGAAACUCUAUACCGUGAGGUAGACGCCACUUCUGUGAAAACAUUACAAAUCAAGCUGCCUUCUCUUGCUUUAUUUGCGAUGCUUUGGUUGCAAGCGGGGCUCUGGAGUGAAGCGUCCUCUGUGAGUGCAAGAUAAUAACACCUUGUAACUCGUUACAUCUGGGCACUAUUUACAUAAACCAGAAGCGAGCCAGGCAGGAAUUUGCUGAUUAAUUUAUUUUUAAUGGAGUGAAGUAUGCCAUGCACCAAAAUAAACUUUACUGUGUGUACCUAA